AAGCUCGCGGUAGACUGUUGCUGAAUGAAAAUAACAGAGGCCAUUUUGCGCACUAAGCCACGGCAUCAUUCAAUAAUAAUUAAAACGGAAACGGGAGGCAGGUUCAGUCCAUUUCUGGACCAACUCGGGUGUUUAAGAGCCGGUAGACUGGUGUAGGACCGCGGUGCGACUGGCUCUUGCAGUCAAAAAAUAUAUAAAUAAAUAAAAGGCAUGCGGUAACUGUGCGCCUCGUCGCCUCUUCCUUAGUAUGUGUCGUGAGGAAAGGGGACAGGACAGCUUCAUCGCAUUGCUAUCCGAGCCCCACUGAGUUGCCUUUAGUUAGCUGACCGACACCGGCAACAUCCAUGCGAGUCGAAAAACAGGUGUACGGUUUCAUCACACGGACACCGCACUAGCUUCCAAGCCGCUGAUAGCUCGCUGUGUGUGUGUGUAGCCUACUUCUGCGCUUGUUCGAGUGAAGACUUCAGUCAUUUCACAUGGAAGAGAGCUGAUAACCUGACGAUAUGUUGCGGAAUUAGUCGAGCGGUGCGGCAGUCGUUUUAAGGCAUUAAACGGGGUAAGAUCUGGGAAUAAAGCUUGACCUGGAGGAGAGACUUAUCCUGAGCAGAAGGAAAAGGAGAAAAAACAAAUCAGAAUAGAAGAGGAAGGAAAAGGCACUUCGGCUCACAGCUCACCUAUACCUGUCUCUUCUUAGCAAGUCUCCAGUCUUUUGGUUUUAUGACGGAAAGUGUGUCCCCCUGCAGUAGAUCAGUAAAAAGUGCUCUUCAGUAUGAAUACAGAUAGCGGAGGAUUCGCUCGCAAAAGCGUGGCCUUGUCACUCAUACUCUCUCCUAUGAAGAGGGUCCAGAGCUCACCAAAUCUAGGCACAGGGAGUGAUUCUCACUCAUCAGAUUUGGAUUCUUGGCGGUCACGCAGUGCAACUGAUGGCCUUAAGAAUGGAGACGCCAGCAGCUCAUCUCUUGCUGCCAAAGGCUUCCGCAGUGUCAGACCCAACCUACAGGACAAAAAGUCACCAACACAGGAUAUCAAUCACGUUCCAUUGCCACCCCCCAGGAGAGAAAGUUUCCACUUCUUGCCCACUGGCACUAAUCCACCAGACUACAGCUCCCUCGUUGCCCUGGCUAAUGAUUUUAGCCCUGGAAUGCUAACAUUCACUCAGAAUGAGAAAGCAGUUUUGAAAGAGUCCUACACUAUUAGUAGCACAUCUUCUUACUCCUACUCAGAGACCAGUGCAAACCCAGUCCAACAGGCACACCAGUCCACUGUCCCAAAUGAUAUGAGCAACUGUAGUGCAUCUGCCACCACUAAUACACAGGCCCAGCAGCGUAAGGUGUCUUCCCUCAAACUAACCCCUGUCACCAUCCCUGACCCCCCGGCUCAUUGCAACUCUUACCUUGACCACCAAGCUAAGACCCAGACCACAGGUCCCCCUCCACCCUUUUCCCCACCUCCACAAAGGGGUCCCACCAUGUCUCAGCCCCUGACACAGGCAUCCUCUCUUUCCGUCCACUUGGACCCAGAGAAUCUGAAACAUCCAGAGCCUCUGCCUUCAAACAACACAGUGGAACUCAAGGUCCCACAUCAAGCCCCAAAUCAAAGUCCAACUCCAUCCCAGGUGGAGAUAACGAAGACUCCUCCUGCAGUUCCACCAAGACCUUCUCCUGCAGAACUGUUGGGGCCUCCCUCCCCUGACCACACAGCACGGCACUCCCCCUAUCGCUGCCACAGCUCAGAAUCACUCGACUACCUGUCAGGCCUAAUGCCCAAGGCUCUAUCGCCCACCCCGUAUGUUCCUAGUGGAGCUGGCAGCACAGCCGGUGCAGUCAGCGGGCCGAGCUUUACCACAGUCAGCAGUGCGAGCAUCUUUGGCUGCAUGUCACCCUCGGCUUCCCCUGUGACGGUGUCAGCUCUCAGCCACUACUCGUCGUCCACGGCUGGUCUGCUGGACGAGCUGCAGAUCUGUAGCCUGGACUCACCUGGCGCCUCACCCACGCCGUCGCCCACCCUCAGCCAUGUCUCUACCUACACAUCCACUGCUGGCCCUGAUGAUGUGCUAACAACCUCUAUGGCCUCCACUGCUGCAGCAGCCACUGUCACUAACGGCCAGGUCCUCUCUCAAGCUAUGAAUGGAAGUACUAGCCAUCCACAGAGGCCCCUCUCUCCCCCAUCCUAUCCUCCUCCCCCAGUCUCACUCCACACUGGGCUCCAGAGACAGAGCAGGAGUUCAGAGGGCAGCGAGUUAGUUACCAGGGAGUCUGUGAUUUCAGGCCACACCAGCCUCAGCAGCACUGUGCCCAUUGCCCGCUUCUCAGAAGAAGAGAAAAGGGUGUCCGUCAUUAAAGCCCCUCAUUAUGAAGGCAUCGGCCCCGUGGAUGAGUCUGGCAUCCCUAUCGCCAUCCGCACGACGGUGGAUAGGCCUAAGGAUUGGUACAAAACUAUGUUCAAACAGAUCCACAAGGUUCAUAAAGCAGAUGAUGACUAUUCUGACACAUACAAUGCAACAUAUGCUGUCAUAAACAAUGAUGACUACAGUUUGUCAUCCAACCCCACCAUGGCCCACCCUGCCCCCCAGACACAUACGUACAGGCCACUCGCCAAAAGCCCAGCAGACAACGGAGGGCAUCUGGGGCCUCGGGAGCCUUCGCCAUCCCCUGUACCCCCACCACCUCCACCUAUGCCAUCUCUCCUCCAACUGAGGGCCAGAGACAGUGACCGCGAGAAAGACUCGCCUGACGCGAAUGAAUGGGGUCCUCCCAACAGGAAAGUGGACACACGAAAGUACCGUGCAGAGCCCAAGAGUAUUUUUGAGUAUGAGCCUGGGAAGUCCUCUAUUUUGGAGCAUGAAAGACCAACCUAUGAUGACAUAGAUUUAGAGAACGAGCCUUGGUAUAAGUUCUUUUCCGAGCUGGAGUUUGGGCGGCCGCCUCCUAAAAAACGGCUGGAUUAUAAUCCAGACAUCUCCACUCGCCAGCGCAUUGAGAGUUCCCUGCACAUCGCUCCUGCUGACAAGGCUCCAGAGAGACCUGCAAGUGCUGCCAGUGACUACAGGAAGAGAAGGAAGUCUGAGCCGUCAAGUUCCCAAGUGAAUGCUCAGUCUCAGAGUACAACUGCAACUUCCCCUAAACCGGUGGACGCCUACAGACCCAGCAGCAGCCUAAAGAAACCUGUGAUUCGUUCCUCACCAUCCUCACCCUCCAGAGCCAAAGGUGGGGACACAUGCAACAUGUAUUCAAACAAUUUGACCUCCCCAGGUCCUUGUCAGCGCCCCUAUCUGCCCCCUGUCCCCCCUGACACUGUCCAUUGCCAUGAGGAUGCCAGCCAGGAAGGCAGCUCCUCCUCCAAGCAGUCUGUCUGUUGUAAGAACAGUUGGCAGACCAAAUCCCAGGAUCCUGAGACAUGGAGCAGUGUGGAAGAGGUACCGCCCUCUGCUGGCAAGCUCAAGUCACGCAGCUGUGAUGACUUACUCAAUGAUGGGCAUUCUGGCUCAGGCGGGUGCAACGCCACCCGCUCAGAAAGUGCUGGGUCACUGGUUUGUGAUGGGAAUCCCUCAGGUUCCACUGGAUCCACCUCCACUCGCUCAUUGCCUCGCCUCCACCGGCGACGGGCACACGAUUCUCCAGGCUUUCUCCAGCUCUAUCGCAAGAUGCACCAGAUUGACCGAGCUCAGCUCAUCCCAUCUGAAGUCAUCCGCUCGGUCCGUGCUCGCAUCCUGGAGCUAGAGCGCCAACCUCACCUGCAUCGGCAUCGCCUCUCUCCUUGGACACCGUCUUGGGGCAUGGAGGUGCCACGCGAUAUGGUGCCAAAUCGCAUUUCUGAAUAUGAGCGCCUUAUUAAGAAGUCCAAAUCCAUGCCCAACUUGGGUGACAGUGAGAUGCCUUCAGGCACUACCACACCAGGUGGCUCGUCAUCUCGAGCCAGCAGUGGUGGUGGUGGCACACCCAGUUUUCCAAAACGCCGUUUUUCCAUUGAAUCUUUACUAGAGGAAGAUAACAAUGGCAACAGUGGAACAGUACCUCACGCCAUUGAUCACUUGCGUCGACCUCGUAGCCCACCUGAGGGCCAGCCUCGGGUUGGGCCGGAACCCGGCCGUGGGCGUUCCUUUCCUGGUCCUCUUGUUCCCCAAGGCCCACAAGCCAACCCAGACUUCUCUGACAGUGAACAAGACGCUGUUGCGUCAGACCUCAGUGACUUCAUCCAGGUGGAGGGCUCCUCAUUUUGUAGCGAGAGUGACUUUGACCAUUGCUCACUAACCUCCUCUGAGAGCUUGUACGGCUCUUCCACCCUCCACCACCACCACCUUCGUCAUCACCACCACCAUCACCACCACCCUGGUCAUCAAAGUCUAGGCCAGAACCAGGGCUACCAACACCGCCACCUCAUCAGCACCUGCAAAGGCCGCUGCCCGGCCUCUUAUACUCGUUUUACAACCAUGCUUCGCCAUGAGAGAGAACGAGCGCGCCAGGAGCACCAGAGACCUUCACAGCAGAGCCGCAGCAGCCAUUCCCAAAUCCAGAGCUCACAAUCCCAGCAAGCGAUGUCCAAGCUGGCCUUUCUGGUCAGCCCAGUGCCUUUCCGCAGGAAAAAGGGCUCACCACCUACCUCUAGAAGAAGCAGUGGUGGCGGAGAUCGAGGUAGCAGACCCAAGUCCAAACAGGCCAUUUACGAAGCACUAGAUGCAGCCUUGAGAGACAUAUAUGAGCACAUUCAAACAGAGAGAGGCCACAGAGGAACUAGGGCACCUGAUGAUAGCAUCCUGAGGAGAAUACUGGCUGAACUGCUUCCAAAUGUGCCUGAACGAAGCUCCUCAUUGCGGGGGAGGAGGGGGUGUUGGCUUGGUGGUCACUCCUCAACAUCUUUGUACCCAGAUGGGAGCCCCACUGGGUAUGCCUCGUAUAGAGGGGAUCCCUCCACACCACGGUUACAGUCACCACGGCUACAGUCACCAAUCAGUGCCUGUUACGGACGCCACUCAGACACCUCAAACAAUAAUGAAUAUGGAGAGGAGCAGGGCGAUGGAAAUGGUCUCUGUUAUUCAGACCAGGAUGUCUCCAGGUGUUAUUCUGCCAUAGAUGGACGCCACACACCCCAGAGUAGAAGGCCUACUCCUGACAGAGAGGUCUCCCAUAAACAGAUGACACAACUUAUUCUUUUCUCUCUCCUCCAUCAGAAACAGCCUGCGAGAGCCAUUUAUGAUUUUAAGGCACAAACAGCUAAGGAGCUGACAUUUAAGAAGGGUGAUGCAGUGAACAUCAUCCGGCAGAUAGACAACAACUGGUAUGAAGGAGAGCACCGCGGACAGGUUGGGAUAUUUCCCAUGUCAUAUGUAGAAAAGGUGCCGUCCUCAGAGAAGCAGCAGCCGAUUCGUCCUCCUCCGCCAGCACAUGUCAGAGAGAUCGGAGAGGCAGUAGCCCGCUACAACUUCAAUGCUGAUACUAAUGUGGAGCUAUCGCUCAGAAAGGGUGAGAGAGUAAUUGUGAUAAGGCAGGUGGACCAGAACUGGUAUGAGGGGAAGAUCCCAGACACAACCAAACAGGGCAUCUUUCCUGUGUCAUACGUUGACAUCAUCAAGCGUUCCCCAUCCAAGAGCACCACCCACCACAUAGACCCACAUGGUUACCCUGGUAACAGGACACCAAGCUCUACACCCAUCAAGGCUGAUGUCUCUCCUUCCACUCUGACACAGCUUCCUGACCCCGGCCUCCCCUCACACUCCAUACCACCACCUCUGACCUCCUUAUAUCCCUCUUCUUCUUCUUCUACUUCUUCUUUCACUCCGUCUUCACCUUCUUUCUCCCGGUCACAACAGCAGGAUCGUAACACCAUCCCUCCCCCCCUCUCCCCUCGGCCCCCAUCCCUUCCUCACCUCAUGACAUCACCACCUCCAGUCUCUCCCUCGCCGCCUGUCUCACCACCUCCCCUCCACUCCUCUCACCCCUCUCCAAACAUUACCUCACAGCGCUCUGUCUCUCACCCCUCAAGCUCUCCCUGUCUUUCUCAUCCGGUCACAUCCUGCCCCGACUCAGAAUCGUCUAUUCCCCUUCCCGCCCUGUCUCCCCCGAAACCCGCCUCUCCUCCCCUCGCCACUCCACGCUCUUCCCCCACUGUUCCCCAUGCAGGAUGUAGGUCUCCCAAGGUGAAGCAGGAUCCAGUUGUUGGUGGUAAACCUCCUCGUAGCCCCAUCUUGUCCCGGAGGUCCUAUCUGUCCAUUAGAGGUCGAAGGCGUUUAGUACAGGAUACACUCCAUGGUGGAGGAGACCCGUACCAGGCUGUGUACAACUACGUGCCUCGCAACGAGGACGAGCUGGAGCUGAAGGAGGGCGACAUUGUAGAUGUGAUGGAGAAAUGUGAUGAUGGCUGGUUUGUUGGGACCUCUCGGAGGAGCAAGUUGUUUGGAACCUUCCCAGGAAACUACGUGAAGCAGCUAUAAUGAUGAUUCCAGGCUCCCCCUGGCCCCGCCCCUUUCUCUGACACGUUCUUUGCCCUCAGCACAGCACCCGCAGGACACCACCACUGGUCCCCCAAGACCUGUUGCACAUUUAUGUGUUUGCGUGUAUGUGUGGCUUGUCAGCUUCACACACACAGAACAUUUAGCUCUAACUAGCCAUCUUUAAUGGAAGACUUCUAGAAAAUAAUGUUUUUUUAAUUUUUUUAUCCUUAUUUUUCUAUCAUGGAGAACCCAAACUUUGUGCUCCAGUCCAGUGACCUUUAACUUUUGACAGUGACGGAAGGAUAUUGAAGGAACUUUGCAAACACUCAAUGAAAGAAAACCGCAGGGCACCGCAGUGACGCUUUUCUUUCUGUCAAAGGGCAGUAAGAUCACCACAAUCACCUUUUUUAUUUUUCUGCAGUAUCUCACAUUUUAAAACACUUGUUACAUUUCAUUUCAGUGUUCAAUUACAAAUAUCCCCAAAGACAUUCAGUGCAGAAAGUGUUGUAAAACAGUAUUCUGUCAGCAGGUCUGUUGUAUACGAACUGUGUUGAAGGGUUUGCGGCCAUGCAGCUGAUAUUUCAGGUAAAAGGAUGUUACUUCCCACUGUUACAUGUGAUAAAGAUGUGCACGUAUUAAUGUUAUGUGUUACCUAAGGUAUUGAUUGGUUGAUAAGAAUUUGGGGAUAUCUUUGUCCUGAAACACUAUCAUUAAUUAUUAUUAAGCAAUUGUUUCAAAAAGAGGAAGUGGGAGGAAUAUAAUUGACACUAUUAGACUUGCUGUCUAAACCUAAUACAUAUACAAUAGUUUUAAAGUAUAAGAUUAGAAAACACAAAAAUAAUUUCAACUUGUUGGUUCUUCACCUUCACAAUAGGAUUGAUGCACUUUAACGAAACUUUAACACAAUUUUCGUGUUUUUUGUUUUAUCUCAAAUUUCAAUUUCAGAUUUUACACACUACAGGUUAAUCCUACUGUGGGACUUUGGGGUGUGUCGGUCAUGUUUGAAAAGUGUAUGCAAGAAGGUUACCAACCUUUUAGGUAUUAUAUUUAUUAGAGGCCAAGUGCUGGUCAAACUGUUGUAAAAUGAUUUCAGAAAGGAUGGAACAACAAGUUGCUUUAUUAACAUCUUUCAACAGCAGAAAACCAACAUUUGAAGGAUUGUUAUUUAAUUGUCAAAUAAAGUAUCGUUGUCCAGAUAGGUGCUGAGUGACAAAUAACACAGUAGUUCAUUGGCUAUAAUUAUGCAAGGUGUCAUGAUGUUUUAUGUUGAAUUAUUUAAGUCAGAUGCUGGAAGAAGCAUUUUAUCGAAAACUUAAGUCGUAACUGUAGUUUUUCCACUAGACUUUGGUGGCAUCUUUUAACCCUGUUGUCAGUGAGUGGGUCACUGUUUCAUGUAGUUAUAUACUAUUAGGAAUUAUUGGCAAUUUCCAAUUUACCUUGUCAUGCUCAGUGAAUAUAAUUUAUGUUUUGUUUUUCUCAUUUUACGUGUUUCACAGUUGAUGGACACUGACGACAAAACAAUUGUUAAAGCACCUUAAGAUAUAUUUUGUUUUAUCAUUCACACAUCAUACGUCACCCCCUGUCGUCCACUAUUUCAGCUGGUGUGAGAACACUUUUGUGUGUGUGUCUGUGGUGUUUUUGUAAGCCUUUUGUAUGAGAGCUGUAAAAUGUCCAACAUCCACUUGCUUUAUAAAGUCAGCUUUUUCUCACCCACCAUCA